CAAAUGAGCAUUCUUCACUGAGGAAAUUACAAGUUGUUACACACAGUCAAAGGAAGACAUCUGGGAUCGCCUGAAGAUGGGCAGGCAGAAGCUCAUGCUGGAUAAGCUUGCACAGACUUUCCAGAUCCGCAACAAGCUACUGCGGCAGGGAUUGGCUGAAUGCUUGGGAACUCUCAUCCUGGUGAUGUUUGGCUGUGGUGCGGUGGCCCAAGUGGUACUAAGUGAAGGAUCUCAUGGUCUCUUUCUCACUGUAAACCUUGCUUUUGGGUUUGCAGCUACCCUUGGAAUCUUGGUUUGUGGCCAGGUGUCAGGGGGCCAUUUAAAUCCUGCAGUUACAUUUUCUCUGUGCCUCUUGGGAAGAGAAAAAUGGAGAAAGUUCCCUGUGUACUUUUUCUUCCAGACACUUGGAUCCUUCUUAGGUGCUGCAAUUAUCUUCGCUGAAUACCAUGAUGCAAUGUAUGACUAUGCUGGAGAGACAAAUGAGUUGGUUGUAAUCGGAGAAAAAGCCACUGCUGGGAUUUUUGCUACUUACCCCAGCAAGCAUCUCACAAUCUUAAAUGGAUUUUUUGACCAGGUGAUAGGCACAGCAUCUUUGAUUGUCUGCAUCCUAGCCAUUGUGGACCCGUUUAACAACCCAAUCCCCCAAGGUCUUGAGGCCUUCACUGUGGGAUUUAGCGUACUGGUCAUUGGCCUCUCCAUGGGUUUCAAUUCUGGUUAUGCCGUCAACCCAGCAAGAGAUUUUGGACCUCGCCUUUUCACAGCCAUAGCAGGCUGGGGCGGGGAAGUCUUCACUGCCAGGGAAUGUUGGUUUUUGGUGCCCAUCUUCGCCCCCUUUCUUGGAUCCAUAAUUGGUGUGAUUGUGUACCAGCUAAUGGUAGGUUGGCAUGUGGAGGGAGAGGCACGCGACAAGAAGAAUAAAGCUAUGGAAGAGUCUCUCAAGCUGAAUGAUGUCACCAGCAAGAACAGAUCUGUAUGAAUCACACAAUCUCCAUCAACCCUUCCCAACCACACAAACCCAAAGCAGCAUUCUGCUUAUGAGUAUCUGUGUUUAUUAUAUACUGUAUCAUCCAGCAGAAGACUUCCCUCUUAUCAAAACGACUUAAGCUGCACAUUUCUAGAUUUCAAACCUUUCUCAGUUGUUUUAUUAGACAAAUGAUUUGUUGUAGCAUUUUUCUUGGUUGUUCUGUCAUACAUCCUCCAGAUUUCUCUAUUAAGGAUAAAGGUCUUUCUUCAACAACACGAAUUAUAUUAAUUCACUUUUUUGAGAAGUUAUCAAAACCGUAGUGUAGUAUAUAUGGAUUUUUACAGUAUUUUAUGCUUUUUUACUACUAUUAUGCACCACUUAACAUGUAGGCAUUUCAAGCAACAUGUUACCAUAGAGAGUGGUAACUUGAUGCCUUUUCCUGACAUUUUAUGACAGUACAAUCUUGAGAUUAGAAUCAUGUCAUCCUCUCAUGUAUCUGCUUCAUAACCAUUUUAAUUGUGUACCUGUGAUCUUUGAUUUAAGGAAAAAAUUUAUAUUCUAAUAAAGUUUUUGUAAGAAUUGUCAAA